ACAAAUACAUAUCUUCCACAAUAUUUUUUUUUUUUUAUUGUUAUAAUUUUGAAUUUGGUUAUCCUAUUGAACGCAGGCCUUGUAAGGAAUUCUCCCGAUAAUGCCGUAUUGCGAUCAGUUUGAUACAGACAUGUGCGACGAUUAUUGGGAUCGCUAUACCCAAAAUGAGGGCAGAUGGAGAAGACAUCAGAACUGCACUUUUAACAAGCAGUCAGGAAGAAGCAACAACAACAUGCAUGGAAAUUAUCGCAAUAACAAUUGCUUCUCUCGAUUUCCCAGCAAUUCGAACAGUAAAAUUGAUUGGUCACGACGAACAGGAAACAGGAUGCAAUACAAUAUGAAUUCUCAAAGAAGCGGUAGAAAUUAUGAUGAAUUCAUGAUGAACGGAGGAGGCGGGAACAGCGGUGGUGGUAACAGUUCAGGGAACAGAAGACCGCGAGUUCAAUUCCUCGAUGAAAAUCCGAAUAGAAUGCGUAGAGCAGGAUCGCUUCCACCAAGAGAAACGUCCAGUUGGUCCAAUGGAAAUGACUACUCAAUGUCGAAACCUUGGGAUGAAGUGAGAAGAGAUAAUUAUUUGAUGAAUGGAGGCUUUACCCGAAGUAAUCUCCAGAGAUCUGAAAGUACAUCUCAUUUAUCGAAAAGAGCAGAUGUAAUCCAACGGUCUUCGCCACCUCAGAGCACAAGGGAUUUCAGUGUCCCUCCCAAAAUGCUGAAUAGAUCAGUCCCAGAAAUUUUAGGACAGUCUAAAAUAAAACCAACUAACAAGAAAACUGCUUACAGAGCAAAUCUGUUGCCUAAAAAGCCUAUAAUUCCUGAAGUUGACGAUGAUGCGUUCUGGGAUGAUGAAGAUGAUGAGUACAACGAAGAAAAGAUUGGUGCACAGAAUGUAGAAGAGCCUUGUGUGUCCUCAGAAGAAGAUCAAGAGAUGCCAGAAGAAAACAAAGAAAGGAAAAUAAAAGUCGAAAAGGAUGGGCCCAGUAGUGGAUUUAAUGAAUUUGACCUUCAUAAUGAUCUGAAGAAUCAGGCCAUAUUGAAAACACUGGUGUACCGCUGCUAUGCUUGCAACAUUUUAAGCCUUUCAGAAUUUGACGCAUUGAAUCACAUAAAAACGAAUUAUCAUCUAAAAGCUCUUCAUAAAGUGCUAAAAGAAUUGACGGGAAUCGAAGUGGCGAACAAAGCUGAAUUAGCACAUGCAUUUAAACUUGCUUGUACAGACGGUGUGACCAAUCAGACAAUGGCUUCGGAUGGCUUGAUACAAAAUAGCAAUGAUGAAAAAGAAGAUUCAAUCUUAAAAGCUAGAAAGAGGGUGAAGUCUAAUAUGUCAGAGGAAGACUUGGAUUUUUCAAUGUGAACUUCAAUGUGAAACAUCAAAAUUUAAUUAAUUUUUUAUUAAA